GUUUUCUUCACCGAUUGACAGAGGAGUUUAUGCUACGCCAUUUUUUCUCUCUUUUUUUCUUGACUUAACAAAAAUGAAUGUUAAUAAUGGCAAAAAAUCUCCCGUUAAUUUUUCCUCUUAUACAAUGGACGACGGACGUGUCGUAAGCACCAAAGAACGCGUAGAUAAAGAGGUGGAACCGCCUGUUUUCAGCAAAGCAACUGACGAACAGCUAUGGUCGCGAGAACAUCCCGGUCGCCCCAAUCUUGCGUUCUUAAAGGAUCAUUUUUUUCACGAAGGACGGUUAACAGAAGAGCAAGCUUUACAGAUUUUACAACGAACUAAACAAGUACUACGUGCUGAACCAAACCUCUUGCAUUUACCCGCUCCUAUUACGAUUUGUGGCGAUGUCCAUGGCCAAUUUUAUGACUUGCUUAAACUGUUUGAAGUGGGUGGAGAUCCGAGCGAGACACCGUAUCUAUUCUUGGGUGACUAUGUAGAUCGUGGAUAUUUCUCUAUCGAGUGCGUGCUGUAUUUAUGGUCUUUCAAAUUGUGGUUUCCUGAAACCUUCUUCUUGUUACGUGGCAAUCAUGAAUGUCGUCAUCUCACAGAUUACUUUACCUUCAAACUGGAAUGUGAACAAAAGUAUUCAGAGAGAGUGUAUGACGUGGUCAUGGAAUGCUUUGAUAGCUUGCCUUUGGCUGCGGUAGUGAACGAGCAGUUCUUUUGUGUACACGGUGGAUUAUCUCCGGAUCUGGCGACACUGAAAGAUGUGGAUGGAAUUGACCGAUUCCAAGAAACUCCGACCAGUGGCCUGAUGUGUGAUCUGUUGUGGUCCGAUCCUUUUGAGGACUUUGACGCUGAUACGAAUUCCAAGUUUGAGCAUAACCAUGUGCGUGGUUGUUCAUACUUUUACAGUUAUCGAGCAGCAGCGAAUUUCCUCGAUAGAAAUAACUUGUUAUCCAUUAUACGUGCUCAUGAAGCUCAAGCAAACGGUUACCGCAUGUAUCGAAAAAGCAAAGCUUCGGGAUUUCCGGUCUUGAUGACCAUCUUCUCCGCUCCCAAUUAUAUCGAUGUAUACAACAACAAGGCAGCUGUAUUGCGAUAUGAUAAGAGUGUGCUCAAUAUUCGGCAGUUCAAUGCAAGUCCUCAUCCGUACUGGUUACCUAACUUUAUGAACGUCUUCAACUGGAGCUUACCGUUUGUGGGCGAAAAAAUUACUUCAAUGCUGAUUGCCAUUCUCAAUAUCUGCUCUCAAGAUGAACUUCAAGCAUCCUCCACAGAAGAAUUGUCAGGCUAUCCGUUAUCGCCAACAUUAGCACCUGCGUCGACCACGGAAUGGACUGCUGAGCGUCGUCAAGUUAUUAGAAACAAGAUUUUGGCCGUGGGCAAAAUAUCGAGGACAUUCUCUGUAUUGCGGGAAAAUUCAGAGUUGGUCAUGGAAUUGAAGAACCUGUCGGGCAGUGGCAGAUUGCCGGCAGGCACAUUGGGAUUGGGAGCAGAAGGCAUCCGGCAUGCCAUUACUACUUUCGAGGAAGCACGACGAUCCGAUAUUGAAAACGAGCGUUUGCCACCAACCAACCGUGAGGCAAAAGAAGCGACGCAAAAGGAGACAACGAGUAGCAGAAUUCGAGACGCCGUUGAGGAAGAGGAUCGCUCUUUGGGUCAUAUAGCAGAUAUGAUUGCUGCUUCCACGCCACCGGAAAUCCCUCCUCGAUCACCCACCCCAGAAGAAGUGUCCGCUGCUUGAUCAUAAAAUUAAUACAGCCGCAGCGUAGGCUUUAUAUAUGUUUCAUAAUAUAGUUAUUGUAAAUUAAGAAAGCACCCAACUCCAAUCAUAUCACCAUCCAUUAUCUGAACAAAGCGUAU